AUGGUACAUAAACAUGGAUUUGAAGCUUUGGACAGACCGUUAAAAGACAUCUUUAGAUCUGCAUCUGGAGCAUCAUCAGAAUUACCAUUUGGUGGAAAAGUUAUAGUUUUUGGAGGAGAUUUCCGACAAAUACUACCAGUGGUCCCAGGUGGAAGUAGACAACAAAUUGUAAAUGCUUCUUUAAGUUCGUCUUACAUCUGGAGAAAUUGCAGGGUCCUUAAAUUGACAAAAAACUUGAGGUUGAGUACCUCAAACGAUUCAGUUGAAAUAGAGAAAACUAGGGACUUUGCAAAAUGGCUUUUGGAUAUAGGGGAAGGUAAUGUUGGUGGUAUCAAUGACGGUGAUGCAAAAAUACAAAUACCCGAAGAUCUUCUCAUCAAAGAUUCAUCAGAUCCCAUUUCUGAGUUAAUAGAGUUUGUAUAUCCGUCUCUUCUAGAUCAUUUCAAUGAUGAAAAUUUCUUCCAUCAAAGAGCAAUCCUGGCUCCAAAAAAUGAUGUUGUUCAAGAAAUUAACGACCGGUUGCUCUCAGUUUUUCCUGGAGAAGAAAAGCAAUAUCUAAGUUCCGAUAGUAUAUGUCCAACAGAAAUGGUUAAUGAGAAUUUAGAUGACAGUUUAUGCUCACCGGAUAUUCUUAAUGGAAUUAAAGCUUCAGGUUUGCCCAACCAUAGGUUAGUGUUGAAGGUAGGUGUUCCGGUUAUGCUUCUUAGAAAUAUUGAUCAAAAAAGUGGACUGUGUAACGGAACUCGAUUAAAGGUGGUCUCUUUGGGCCAGCGUGUUAUACAGGUAGAGAUUAUAUCCGGAAGUCACAUUGGAGAUCGUCAUUAUAUUCCUAGAAUUACGUUGAUACCUACAGACAAAAAACUUCACAUUAAGUUACAAAGAAGACAAUUCCCGCUUGCGGUAUCUUUUGCAAUGACCAUAAACAAAAGUCAAGGACAAUCUCUCUCCAGAGUUGGUUUGUUUUUGAAAAAACCAGUCUUUACACAUGGUCAAUUGUACGUUGCAUUAUCAAGAGUUACAAGACGAGAUGGCCUCAAAGUUGUUAUUCUAGAUAGUGAUGGUAAUCUUUCAAAUACAACAUCAAAUGUUGUAUACAAAGAAGUUUUUAGAAAUUUGUAA